AUGGAAACCUCCCUGCGGCUGCGCGGCGCCGACUCCACUCCCAGCCAGCACGGCCUCCGCAUCCACGCCAAGCAGAAGCUCCCCCUCGCCUCCAACGCCCUCCUCCAGGCUCACGCGGAGAUCGACACCAGCACCAGGAAACCCAGCCACCUCGCCCUCCUCGCUAGGCAGUUCUUCCCACAGCUAUCGGCCAAUGUCGGAGCAGGAGUGCAGCUGGAAAGAGGCAACAUCUUUAGGUACAGCCUCCGCGGGAAGAAGGCCGUCUCCUUCACCUCCGACGGCCUCCUGGGGCUCAACAUCAAGGGCCGCCUCCUCGCCGACAAGGACUUCCAGCCGAGGAAUAAGAGCGGUGCCGUCGAAAUUGCUUGGACCAUUCUUGACUUCAGAAAGGGCCAGGACGUCAGGCUCAAGGCCGGAUACGAGCUCUACCGCAAGAUGCCUUAUUUCCAGCUGAGGGAAAACAACUGGACUCUUAAUGGUUAUAUGGAUGGAAAAUGGGAUGUUAGAUUUGAUAUGUGAUCAGGAAUCUAUUUGUGGAGGGGACUUGCCAGCCAAUAAAUUAGUGCUGUAGGUGUAUUCCUCCCUUUUUUUUAGCUCCACCAUUCUAUUUUGCUGUAUUGCUCUAAAGAGGGCAAUAUCAUUCAAACAUCAGCAGGCACCACUUUCAUGGGCAAUGUAGAAUUAGAAACUUGACUAUUGAUGGAUGGAGUCUGGAAAUUCAGGAUUCAGUUGUCAACUUAAGUGUCCUUAUGUAGCGUUGAUGGGAUGAUUGAUU